GCGACAAAUAAGUAAUCGCUUUCCAAAGCAACUACAGCGUUGCAGAUGAUCCAGUAAAAAUAGUGUUUUUUAUUGAUUUAAUUUGUAUGUCGUAGUGGUCAACAACUCAACAACAUCUGAAAUUACAUAAUGAACGGGAGGCAUCCGCAUCAGCACAAUACGGGUCUCAGCUGGCUAACGCCUUCGGAGGAAACGUUCCUGACUCCUUCUCCGGAUGAUGGGUCUUUGCGGGUCCCGGUAGCCGGCGGUAGUAAAGCCGCCUCGUCUUCCUCCACGGCGGCGCAGCACAAAAAGCAGUGCAACGGGGGCAGAGCCAACCCUUGGAGCGCCGAAACCAAGCAGGUGUUCGCGUUCUAUCCGCCUACAAGCGGCGCCGAGGCUGCGACCCAUGGUAGGGGCAGCAGAGACAGGCUCAGUGCGGCGAGCCGCGAGAUCGAGAAUUCCCGGAGAAAGCACAAGAGCGGCGCGCACACCGGCGAGAAUAAGCGAAAUAAUCCGGGGGACGACGGUAUCCAAUGUGCAGAUAUUUUGUGUCCGGUUUUGGAAGGAUGCUGCAAGGUUUGAUGGCACGCUUGUCUGGUAUGACUGAAGGGCUUGUGAUGCGUGUCAAAGAGGACUCGAUCACCGUUUUGCUUGUCACGCAAAAACGUAGUUUGUCAUGCAAUGCUCGUCAACAUGCGGAAAUAAACGUGCUCGUGCAUUACAGGGCAGAUAUUCACAUUUCUCAUGCUCUUCUGCUGUGCAACAUUACAUAUCUAGGGUAUUCAGUAUUCACAACCCAGCAUUACAACAAGUUUCCAGGCACAUUUGCAAUGCAUAGACCGCACGUUUGAUAGCAACGGCUUCGUGGACGAAAUCCGGGAUCGGAGUCUGAUGGGGCAGUCGCUGUUGAUGCGGAAGCGCGCCGAGGCGCGCAACGCGCAGCCCGAAAAGCCGGUCCCCACCUCGAUCUACGGGGAGGACGACCCGCUGCUGCAGUCCGAGGCCGGCCUGGGGCAGUUCGACCAGCAGCGCUACCUCCCGCUGGACCCCAAGCAGUUUGAACCGGACGUCCUGGCGGCAUUGCGGAAAGCGCAGCGGACGGAGAUCCAGAAGCUUGGCAAGUAUUUUGCCAUCGAGGACUAUCGUACGAAAAAAGUGUUACAGUUAAUACACAUCGUGUUGCAGACCAAGCAAGACAGACAAGCUCUGUCAUGCCAAAUGUGCAUAGGAGCCUGGCUUCGUGCGUGUUACUUAUUUUCCCGUUGGAUUUCUGCAUUGCAAGUUCAUCUAGCGAAAUUCGAUGUGUUGCUGCAUUGACAACAAAUGCGUAACUGCAACAGCACUUUUUUCGUGUGAUAAGGACGCCGACGAAGUAGCGGCGGCGCUCGCCGCUGCGGUCAGCGCCGACGAAAAGCGGAAUCUGUUGCUGAACGCACCGGAGCUGAUUCCCCAGGACGACGUCGACUACGAUGUGGAGGACGCCCGGUUGUAUCCGCCAGAAGAUGACAUCAAAUUUGGGAAGAAAACGCGUCCGCGCACCGCCCCGGGGCCUGGUCGUGGAGCGGGUCAGCCGCAGCACUUCCGCGACAACAAAAAGAAAGCAGCGGGGUCCACCUCCUCCGUGGGGGCGGGGCCGAGCGCGGCUCUCUCGGAAAAAAGCAAAGAAGAAACGAUGGACGCGGCAGCACGGUACGCUGCCAAAGCGGAGGCCUAUCCCGAGCACCAUAACUACAGCUUCGAGGACACAACGGAUCUACUGAACUACAAAUUUGACCCCGAAGCCGGGGCCGACCCGCCAGACUUGGUGCGCAGAAACAUCCUCAGCGAAGCGGUAUUUGUUUGGUCCUCCCGGUAUUAUGAUCUACAACUCAAAAAUCGCGACACGAACAUAGUAUUUAUGCUGAUGUUCUUGAGUCGGAGUCGCGGCUGGUUGCAGUAGUAUUAAUUGCAGACGCAGAAGCUGAGGCUCUGCAUAACAUAUCAAUCAGCGGACCUGUACUAUGUAAAGUAUGCAAAAAUGUUGUUCUCUUGUGCUUGUUUUUGUACAGUUUUGUUCUUCGAGAAGUCUCUCUACCAUUCUGGAAAAACAUGAGAUUUUGAUCAUCCGAACAGGUGUACGCGCACAGCGAUCGUGCAGAGCUCUGGUUGGAGCACGCGGAGAAGGAGGGUAUCGACCUGUUCGCCCGUCCGGAGGGCGAGUAUGUGCGCCCCUUUGAGCAGAAGCCGUUGGAUCGCGACAUGAACGCCACGACCUCGGGCAAGAUGGUGCGCAUGCCUGUGAUGCGGCCCGCGGUGAUGCGGCGGCUCCAGAAGCGGUACUGCAGCCACCACUUCGCGGCUGCGCGCGCCGUGCUGGCGCAGAAGCGGGAGGAGGUGCGGGGGCUCAAGGGUGUGAAGAAAGCCCUGACCUCGCAGGGCCGGGUAGAGAUGGACCGCGCGCGGGAGGAGCUGCGGGGCGCGGAGGACGACGACGCGGAAUUGAACGACCUCGCGAACGCGGGGGCCUGGUACGUGCUCCAGCGGCGCGCGGAGCUGGACGAAGUGGACGAGGCGGAAGCGAGCAAAGCAGGCACCAACAUCGGCGCGCGAGGAGAGCUACACGGCCCGAGCCUCGGUACGAAUCCGAAUCUGUGGAGCGACGAGCGGUUCUUCGGCGGCGCAGAGGAGGUUGAGGAGAAACGCUGGAAGGAGGCGGAGCCCGCGCCUCCUGCACCGUCGACGGCAAACAAAAUAACCGGCGGCAGGGGCCGGGCGUACCGUGCCGGGUCGCCCGGAACGAGAGUAGACGGAGGACGCGGUGGAGUGGACUCAGAGGAGGAGGCCACCUUCGAGCAGACCGACCGGUCCAGUACUACAUUAGAGGGGCAGACAACGAUAGAGAUCCCCUCCGCCGGGGUGGUCGUUGCGCCACAACCGCGGCCGCGCCCACAAAGUGCGGUUGUCUCGCAGCAGCGUGGUCCCGCGCCGGGCGAAAGUAGACCGGCGAGUGCGGCUGCUCGCCCGAGAAGCUUCUCCGCACGCGCGCGCUCACCCAAGCAUCAACCAGGCCGGGAGGGCGGAGGUGCUGCAAGGCCGCGAAAGCGCCCGAGCCGACACCCCCGCCGGCCCGGGUCUGCCACGGCGUACCGCCCGGGCUCGGCGAAAGAUCCGCGAACGCCGCCGUCCGCCUACGAGGUGGUGCUGAACGUAGAUGAUCUACUUCAGCAGGUAGACGAAGAGGAGCUCGGCGCGGAGGAGUUUUUCGACGAGGAUGUUGAGAGCGCGGGGCCGCCCUCGAGAAACAUCACUUCUGCGGGGCAGCACCGCGCCGGUUCCACCACGGCCAGCGAGGAGCUUCGACGAAGACACAGCGAACUGCAGCGGCGUGGCGACGAGUACGACGGCGGCCCCACCGUGGCGGCAAACGGUGCGCUGGAGCAGCUGCGCGAGCCCAAGGACGUGCAGGCCCUCCGCGGUGCGGUGUCGUCGACCCAGGUCCAGGAGCGCGAGCAGGUGCAGGAGCAGAAGUACGGGUACUCGUCCCAGCGCCGCCGGAUGAAGUUGUCGGAGCGGAUGAAGAUCCCCAUGGCGGUAUCAAAAGGAAAAAUCCCCGCUCCCCAUAUCGAAAAGGUAUGUUUCCGAAAAUUUGUGUUGCUGAUUUGAGGCCACAAAUCACAUUUGUACUGCAAGAAGACAAGGGCAGAAGCUUCCGCCCCACUAUGGAAGCGAUUUGCCAUGCUGUCGGCCCUAAAAGUGACCCUUUUGCCAUGCUGAACAACUAGGCCCAUACGCCCCUACCUAGCCUGGGGAUCUGGCCGCAGUGAGUGCCCGCCUGCAAUACAAACCUGAUUUGUGUACACAGAUCCAGCAGCAGAAGUUCCGUUUUGAUAAUAUGGGGAGGGGGGAUUUUUCCUUUCGAUAGGCGGAGUUCCCGCAGCGGCCGUUGACCAGCGUGCCACGGCUGGACCAGAUGCAGAAGCCGCCGACCCCACGGAUCGUGGGUCGGCGGGUCCACAACGGGGUCACGAUGGAUCCCGCCACCGGGCGCGAGUGGCACGGGGAACAGCCGAAGUUCGAACCGCCGCCGCCGCUGACCGGCACGCUCACGGACGGUUUUCUGAACCCGCGCAAGGCGGCGCUCCCGGAGCUGAAGGAGAAGGGCACGGGCGGCGUGGGCAAGAAUUUUCAGCUGAUUACGCCGUUGCAGCGGCGCGAGUGGUACGACUACUGCGCGUUCGCCGAAACGAAUCUGGACCGCAAAGCGGCGGACCUCCGGGCACAGAUCCGGUACCACCGGGAUGCCAUUGCCAUUCAUCUGCGGCGCAAGGAGGAGCAGAAGCGGCGCGCAGUCUGGGAGCAGCAGGCGCAGAAGCAGACUCUGCGAAACCGUGUGAACCAGGAGGGAGCGCACCUGCGGUCGCAAAUCUCGUCCAAGCGGCAGCAGUCCGCAGAUGAGAAGGAACGGGAGGCGCGCCAGCGCGGGGAGAAAUUUGGAUCUGAGAAGGAACGUUACGAAAAGAUGAACGCUUUCUUCUCGCGCAACCAGAGGCACCUGCAGCUAAAUCAGUAGCGCGGUGUUUCAGUUUCAGUUUUCCCAGGGGGAAAAGUAUUCGAUGUAAACUUCAGAUUUUGUGUUGUCGAGGUAGCAGGCAGUAAAUCUAAUUUUUCACCUAGAGUCCAUACAUCUGCCUGCUUCAGCCCUGACAAGAGAUACAGAUGUGGGAGGAGAUGAGCCUACAACUUGUUUGUCUCUGUUUCUGUAUCACCCUUUCUCGCGCUGGAUACGACUAAGAGAAUUAAGAUUUCGCGGAAGCAAGUGCAAGCGAUGUUGUAGCCGAAAAGCAAAUAAAGACGAAACAACUUUCCAUGAACACACUGAAUUUAUGCGGGAUCUUCAAGAAGUGCAGGAGGGACUUCAUUGCGAAGAUAGAUCAAUCAAUGAUACAAAGCGAUUACAGGCAUCGAAGAAGU